AUGAGUCCCAUUAAUUAUACAAAUGAAGAGGUAAAUAGUUUUUCUCCACCCUUGAAAUGUUGUGAAAGCACAGUCAAAUACCUUAAAAAGGUGGAUUCUAAACAUUUGAAGGUACUGUGUAAGAAGUAUGUGCCAUUUUGGGAAGACUUGGAAGAAGAGGAAAUAGAAUUAAGCACAAUAACUCUGUGCAAAAAUUCGGUGUAUAUAGCGUCUCUACCUAAACCAGAUUACAGAUCCAAGAGGUUGAAAAAAGUACUAAUUAGAGUAAUACCAGAAGAGAAGAGAGUGUUGUACGACAUCGAUUAUCAUAACGAGGUAUCCACGCUGUUAGGCAACAACAAUUUUGGGCCAAAGAUAAUAUCCAUCUUCCCAGGUGGCCGGAUUGAGGAGUGGAUUGAGGGGUUUGUGCUUCACUCGAGUUCAUUAUUUAAUUUGUCAGUUUUGACGAGUGUGGCCACGCUGUUGGCCAAGUUCCAUAAGACGAUAACAACUGUUGCGCCCAAGGAGUGGGACCGUAGUCCGUCGCUGUUGAGUAAGAUGGAGGAGUGGUUGCCGGAGUGCAGGAGAAUAAACGAGAGUCUCAAGUUGGAGUUGGACAUGGACAAGAUGGAGUCUUAUUUCCACGACUACAAGAGUUAUUUGGAGGAUUAUUUGAGUAAGUUGGACAUGCCCGAGUACAACGACUUUCCUGGAACCAACGGAGACGAGAGUGAGAGGAGCAAGUUGACUGAUGAGGAGCUGAAGAGGCAGGGAAGCAACUACGCCAACAGAGUGCUCUUCUGCCACAACGACCUGCACCUCAAAAACCUAAUAGCAACCUACGACGGACUAACACUAAUCGACUUCGAAUACAGCUCAUUCAACUACGUAGGAGCAGAUAUAGGCUAUUUCUUCUCCACAUCAUCGCUCAAUUUUGACUACGACUUAAACGAAUAUAUAAAAUAUGAUAAAACUUGCGAACUUUCGUAUGAUUUAAAAGCGAAUUUUGCGAGUGUAUACUUAUCGGAAUCACUUGGAGAAACAGUUCUUCCCAGUAGAAAGGACAUAAUAGAACCAUUCUUGGACUCGGUGGAAGUGUAUCUGCUGGGAACAAUACUGUUUUGGGCCAUGUGGCCAAUACUCAUGUAA